CCCUUUGUUUCUCGGAGAGUUUGUAAAUUCUGUCAGCAUGCCUGAGCCAGCUAAGUCCGCUCCGGCCCCGAAGAAGGGCUCCAAGAAGGCAGUGACCAAGGCGCAGAAGAAGGACGGCAAGAAGCGCAAGCGCGGCCGCAAGGAGAGCUACUCCGUGUACGUGUACAAGGUGCUGAAGCAGGUCCACCCGGACACCGGCAUCUCGUCCAAGGCCAUGGGCAUCAUGAACUCCUUCGUCAACGACAUCUUCGAGCGCAUCGCGGGCGAGGCGUCGCGCCUGGCGCAUUACAACAAGCGCUCGACCAUCACAUCCAGGGAGAUACAGACGGCUGUGCGCCUGCUGCUGCCAGGGGAGCUGGCCAAGCACGCCGUGUCUGAGGGCACCAAGGCCGUCACCAAGUACACCAGCUCCAAGUGAGCCGGCUCGCAGCCCUACAAAACCCAAAGGCUCUUUUCAGAGCCACCUACACUUUCAGAGAAAUAGCUGGUGCACUUGCUUGUAGUCUAAUUUCACUCAGAUCACGCGGCUGGUUUGACGGCGGAAAAGGAAAAUUCUGUGAACUCAGCACAAACAAAA